AUGGCCAAGCGAGUUGCAGUGAUUGGAGCUGGUGUCAGUGGCCUCUCCUCCAUCAAAUGCUGCUUGGAUGAAGACCUGGAGCCUACAUGCUUUGAGAGAAGUAACGACAUCGGGGGACUAUGGAAGUUUACUGAAACAUCUAAAGAUGGGAUGACCAGGGUCUACAGGUCACUAAUCACAAAUGUUUGCAAGGAAAUGUCAUGUUACAGUGAUUUCCCCUUCCAAGAAGAUUAUCCCAAUUUUAUGACUCAAGGAAAAUUCUGGGACUAUCUACAAGAAUUUGCUGAACAUUUUGGCCUUUUGAAAUACAUUCAGUUUAAGACCACUGUACUCAGUGUAACAAAAUGUCCAGACUUCUCCGUAAGUGGUCAGUGGGAUGUUGUCACAGAGACAGAGGGCAAGCAGGCCAGAGCAGUCUUUGAUGCUGUCAUGGUUUGCACUGGACAUUUCCUGAGCCCUCGUUUUCCUUUGGAGACCUUCCCUGGAAUCCACAAAUUUAAUGGCCAGAUCCUACACAGUCAAGAGUACAAGAUACCAGAAGGCUUUCAGGGCAAACGCAUUUUAGUGAUUGGUCUUGGGAACACUGGAGGGGACAUUGCAGUGGAGCUCAGCCGAACAGCAGCCCAGGUGUUUCUCAGUACUAGAACUGGUACUUGGGUUAUUGGCCGAUCUGCAAACGGGGGAUAUCCUGUCAAUAUGAUGAUUACCAGAAGAUGCAAUAACCUUAUUGAACAAGUUCUACCUUCAUGUGUACGAAACUGGAUUGAAGAGAGAAGCAUGAAUAAUAUAUUUAACCAUGAGAUUUAUGGAUUAAGUAUUACAAAAGGGGGAAACUCCAAGUUCAUUGUGAACGAUGAACUGCCAACCUGCAUCCUCUGUGGGACAGUCACUAUGAAAACCAGUGUGAAAGAGUUUACAGAAACUUCAGUGCUCUUUGAAGAUGGGACAAGGGAAGAAAACAUAGAUGUUGUGAUCUUCACUACAGGAUAUGUAUUUUCUUUUCCCUUUCUUGAAGAACCUCUAAAAAGCCUUUGCACAAAGAAGCCAUUCCUGUACAAGCUAGUCUUUCCCUCAAGCCUAGAAAAGGCAACAUUAGCUAUCAUUGGUCUCAUCAGCCUUAAAGGAUCCAUCCUAUCAGGCACAGAGCUCCAAGCACGGUGGGCCACGAGAGUGUUCAAAGGACUCUGUAAAUUACCAUCAUACCAAAAAUUGAUGGCUGACGUGACUAAAAAGGAGCAGCUCAUAAAAAGGGGUAUCAUUAAAGACACAAGUACAGACAAGCUCGACUACAUUCCCUACAUGGAUGACCUAGCUAAAUGCAUAGGCACAAAGCCCAAUGUCUUACUUCUGUUCCUCAAAGAUCCAAGGUUGGCUUGGGAAGUUUUCUUUGGACCAUGCACUCCUUACCAAUACCGUCUAGUGGGUCCAGGAAAAUGGACUGGAGCCAGAAAUGCUAUCCUGACCCAAUGGGACAGAACACUGAAGCCCUUAAAAACUCGAGUUGUUCGUGAUUCCUCCAAGCCUGCUACCAUGUCAUUUCAUUUAAAGGUUUGGGGGACACCUGUCCUACUUGUCUCUCUUCUAUUUCUCUGUAAAUCUUCUCUUUCUUUCAAAUUAUUGUGGGAUAAACUACAGAAUAGGAUUUCCUCAUACCUAAUAACUACCUGGUGA